AUGACAUUUGACGGUAAAAGAUACUGGAUUGGUCUCUCGAAGAAUAAGUCGGAUUUAAAGAAGGUUCGCCAAAAUGAAGAGGAUAUAUUCAUUUCUGACGGUGAAUGCCUUACAGCAAAGAUGGAUAGCAGCUCGAUUUGGCAGUUUUCAAGAAAACCAUGUCAUUGGGUGCGAAGAUCGUUUUGCGUGAGACCUCGGCGAAAUCAGGAAGAUAACGAAACAGACACUGCACAGGGUUGUGGUGAAGGUUGGACAAAGUAUGGAGACUCACAAUGCUUGUUUCCUGUAUACCACCAACUAACUUGGUUUGGUGCAUAUAUUCAUUGCAAGAGAUUGAAUGGUCACAUCUUGAAACAAGAAGGUGUUUAUAACUUGUCGAACACUUCCUUUAACAUCAAAGACAAUUUUUGGAUUGGCAAGAGAUAUCGAUUUAAAAUUGAUUCAAAAAGGUCCAAUUGGACAUGGAACAGAGAUGAUGUGGUGUUCAGCCAAUGGUUUGCGUGGCAAAUUCGCAUACCGAGAGUUGGUUGCCAUGGAUGCGGAUUUUUUGACGGGAGGGAGGUUAUCCUGGAUUCGGAUUGUAAUGAAACUCGCUUUGUGAUUUGUCGAUUUGAAUUGUUGGAUAGUAAAUACUUGCCAAAUGCGACAAAACGACUCUCAUCUUGGUCCGAGGGCGAAAAAAUCUGCAGCCGUGAUUUAAACAGCAGUUUACCUCAAUUCACGGAAGCAGGUGUUGUAAAAGCAUUUAAGAAUUCUACGAGCGACUUCCCCAAUGCCUCUUUUUGGUUAGGGUUACGGAAGAAAUUUGAAAAUCAAGAUCCUUGUAUAUCAAUAGAAGUUGAAAACGAUGCAAAAUUUACGGAUUAUACAUUGGACAAAUGUUAUUCGGUGAAUUGUACGAAUUUAGGGGAAAAACCGAAGAAUACGGCCUGCCGUAAUCUACAACAUCCACUUUGCUAUAAAAGAAAAGCCGACGAUAUAGGGCAAUGUUUAGAACCUUGGCAAGACUGCAGAAAUGCUUGUUGUCUGGUACUUGUUAAUCUGCAAACAUCUUGGAUUGCGGCAUACCUGUUUUGCCUUCAACAGAAUGCCACACUAGCAGAUCAUAACGAUUUGUUGGGCACUGAAAUUAACAUAAGUUUACAAACUACAUCAAAACGUUGCUGGUUGGCAGAACGAAGGGUUUAUACCCCGCGUGAUCCGUUGGACGGAUGGCUUUGGUCUGACGGUACCCCACUGAAUAGCAUCGGUACUUGGGGAGUAUACGGCAGAUUGAACUAUAAUGGAAUGUCCAAGCGGUGUGCUACACUGGUCACACAUGAUACAUGGGAGGAAAAAUUUUGCAGUUACAAGAAGAGAUACAUUUGUAAAUUAGAGAAAGAACUGUCUUAUGAAAAGAAUGCAACUAGCAUGACGAAGCAAAGUGAAAUUACUUUUAAGGAAAUGCGGAAUGCAACUAACAUGACGAAGCAAAAUGAGAUUACUCGUAGUGAGAAAAUACAGAAUACGAUAAAGCAAAAGUCAGAACAAGUUUUGAGAGAUAUCCUGAAUACUGGAAAAUAUAACGUUCACCUAAAUCAAACUAACGAUCACAGUGCGGAAGGGAUGUUGCAAAUCUUCACAAAUUUCUUAAUUAAAAUGGUGAACAAAAGCAGUUUUAAUUCCUCCUUUGAAAUAAAGAAGGAAUCAUUCGAACUUAUUAUUUUCACGACGAGCCUGGACAAACUACAGAAAGAAGAUAAGAAUAAAACAUCUCUUAUUCCUAUAAUUACCUUAGGAAAAUUGUGUGAUAAUCGUCAAACCUGUACAAUAAAAGGAGUCCAGAUGAAACUGAAAAAUAUUACUUUAAAUAUUACUCUCCAAUGGGAAAGCACAAUUUCUGAUAUAAUAUCAUUGAGCUAUUUAGUCGAGGGGAAAAUAGUCAGUGAAUUACAAGAAAAUGAAAGAAUCCUCCUUCAGUUUGGAAAAGCGAACCACAACAAGAAGAACAACAAAAAUGAUGAAGUUCACUGUAUGUUUUUGGAUGGAAAGAAAGAAUGGAGUCAAAGAGGAUUAACAUCGGGACAGAUCAAUGACAAAAGUGUGGAAUGUUUCACGAAUCAUUUGACGAGUUUCUCAAUGGUCAUUGUUGAUGCGGAGCUGGAUGAGGAAAACACACAGAUAUUUAGCUUGAUCGGGUAUAUUGGAUCUGGUUUAUCGAUCGCUGCACUGGUAUUAACAUCGUUGGUUUAUAUUUUUCUGUACAACGACAUCCAAGUGUUGUCUAGCAGCAGACAGUUGGUACAUUUUAACCUUUUGGUUUCUUUGGGGGGAUCUCAGAUUGUAUUCCUGUUUGGGGGAAAUAGAAGCGAAAAUGAGAUAUUUUGCAAAAUUGUUGCAAUUUUGUUACAUUACUUCACCCUGGCUUCGUUCUGUUGGAUGCUGUUAGAAGGUGUGUUGCUGUAUUUGAAGCUGAUUUCCGUAUAUGCUGGUGAAUAUAUCCGAAUGAGAAGGCUUUUUGCAUUUGCCUGGGGAUUUCCUCUGCUUUUCGUUACUGUUUCUGCUGCAGUCAACAUUGAUGGUUAUGGUACAGAAGAAUGGUGCUGGUUGUCAUAUGAUAUAAGUUACUUUUGGGUGUUCUUUACGCCGGCAAUCAUCAUUAUAACGUUGAAUGUAAUCAUCGUCGUUGCUGUGGCCCAUGUCCUUUACAAAGCUACACAUACACAUGAGGGUAAUGAAAAGCAGAGCAUUUGUGCUGCAUUCCGUGGUAUUGUGAUAUUAUUUCCAGCGCUUGGAUUGUCCUGGAUUUUCGGCGUUAUCGCGGUCAACCAUGAUGCAUUGGUUUGGAAAUAUCUUUUUGCAAUACUUAACUCCCUACAGGGACUGCUAAUUUUUUUGCUCUACGGAGUUUGCAAUGGAGAGAUCAAAGUCGCUUUAAAACGCAGGCUUGGAAGGAAAGUUAAUAAUAUUUCAUCGACUACAUAAAACCAGAAGUAAAAUACUCGAUACCAAUGUAGGUAAGUCCGCCCCGCAACUUGAAAUGACAUCGACCGUUUAUCUCUCCUUGGAUUUCAAU